AAUCGGGGGAGAUGUUCAUGAUGGACUUCUUCUUGAGGUUAAGUUUAAUCUCGGAAGGAGUAAACAGUUGCAGGUACCACAGGUUGACAUACGCCGCGACGAAGAAGGGCCAAUCGAUAGCAACAGAUCGUGCCAGGAUGACAAACCGACGCCUUCCAUUUAAAGAUGCCAUGCUUGAGUCUCGUUACACUGGGAGAUUACAGAGAGUUA